GGCGGCUCGGCCGGUAAGGGUACAGCCCUGCAGAACAACUCCGACGCCGAUGUGGUGCUCUUCCUCAGCUGCUUCUCCAGCUACCAGGAGCAGAAGCAGGAGAGAAAGUAUAUCCUGGAUUUGAUCAAGACAAGGCUGCACGCCUGCAAGCAGCACCUGACAUUCACCCCCGCCUAUGAUGCCUUGGGGCAGGUGAGCCGGGAUGCCCUGCCAGAUGCAGAGGUGUACGUGAGGCUCCUGAAUGCCAGCAGUGACCCCGGGGAGUUCUCCCCCUGCUUCACCGAGCUGCAGAAGAAGUUUGUGAAGCGUUACCCUGCCAAGCUGAAGAACCUCCUGCGCCUGGUCAAGCACUGGUACAAGGAGCUGCUGAAGCCACAGCACCCCACCGCGGACCUGCCCCCCAAGUAUGCCCUGGAGCUGCUGACCAUCUAUGCCUGGCAGGAGGGCACGGGCUCCCACGACUCCUUUUGCAUGGCCGAGGGCUUCCGUACGGUGCUGGAGCUGCUGUGCCGGCACCGGGAGAUCUGCAUCUACUGGGAGACGUUCUACUCGCUCCAGCACAGCCAGAUCGGUGCCCACGUGAAGAAUCUGCUGUGCAGACCCCGCCCUGUCAUCCUGGACCCCGCCGACCCCACGGGGAUCCUGGGCCAAGGCAAGAAUUGGGAACUGGUGGCGCAGGAAGCUGCCUGCCAUCGUUCGCUGCCCUGCGUCAGUACCGCCCAGCCCUGGGAUGUGCAGCCAGCCCGGCCUGUGACGAUUGAGGUGAGGCAGCUGGUGGGCACCAGCCUGAGCAGGACCGUCAGCCCGAGCACCACCAUCUGGCAGCUGAAGGAGAAGAUUGAGCAGGCGUGGGGCACGCAGCAGGAGCCGAGCAGGAACACCGUCAUCCUGCAGAACGAUGACACCCUGGCCACCCAUGGCAUCUUCUACAGCACUACGCUGGUGCUGCUGCAGACCGAGCCCCAGGCAAUGGAGGUCUUCGUGAAGGACGACAAGAAUCGGACCACCACCUACAUGGUGCAGCCCACCAACACUGUCCGGCAGCUGAAGGAGCAGAUCACAGCCG